AGGCCACCACGCGCGCGCCCUCCUCCUCUCCAACCCCUCUCCUCCUCCCCGUUCCCUCCCCCUCCCUCGCGCCGCGCGGAAGGCCAAGCGGGAGAAGGAGCCUUGGAGAUUUUCCCGGAACCCCCACCCCCUACCUCCUCCCAUCAAGGUUUCACCACCACCGCCCGUCCGUCCGCCACCAGCCUCCCCCGCAUCGCCGCCCCAACAAUCCCAGUCGAGUCAUCCGCCCACCCCCACCCCCACCGCCGCCGCAGCAGCCGUCCGCCCCCCGCGUCCGCCGCAGAGCCGCCGAUCCCCUCCCGAGAGCCCCCGCCCCGUCGGCUCGUGGAUCUCGGCUGCCGCCGUCGACGGUGCUGGUGGGGAUUUCGGGUCCCGUGUUUAUUGCUCCGAUUCGGGCCCUGAUUCUCCCCGGAUUGCGUUUCCUUUGAUGGGGCCGCCGCCGCCGCUCCGGCUCGGGGUGUGAUUCUGAUUCUGAUUCGGGCGGAAGGUAGAGAUUGUCGUCUUUUUAUUGAGCCCCCCCUGCCUGCCCUGGUUUCUCUGCCGCUAUUGGAUUGAUUUGGGAUCCGCGAUCGAGAUUGCUCCGUGAAGUUUUUGGUCCUAGGGAUAUUUUUUGACUGGCCCGGAUCAGGAAUAGAGGGUUCUCUUGCUGGGGGGAGGGAGAUCUAGGGUUGCGUCUUCUAUAGUUCUCUUUGUGCAUGUGCAUACUCCAUAGAAAAAAACACCAAAAAAAGGAGGGGGUGAGGAGGAGUUGGAGGAGCAGGAGGAGGAGGAUUGGAGCGCAGGGGAGUUUGGAGGUUAUUAUGGCGCUGAAUUAUCCGUCGUGCUCAUUCUUGGUGAGCGACGAGUGCUCUGCCCUGAUGCGAGGGUGUGGAUGCUGGUCGGAGGAGGCCUCGCCCCUCUCGUCCCCAGGGGUCAACUCCAGGCGCUGGGAUGAUUUCGAGCCCGAUCCUGCGGAUCUAUUGCCCGUGGAUCCCUUCGGGAUGAACUUGGGGAACACCAUCACUGCAGCCAUCGCCAGUUGCCUCGACCGCACGGUCAUGUCUGGUGCAGGGCGUUUUGGAAGCAGUGACGGUGGCGCGGCCGACUUGAGUUUUUACCUGAAUCAUGCUAUUGCCGUCUCCCGGGGGCCAUCUUGCCUCCCGGGUGGCUUCGGGCGUGCUUUUGAGGGGCCCUUUGUGUUUGGAGGCCUUUAUGAGGCCGGAGGCGCCAACUGCUCUCAAGGGUUGCCUCCCCUUGUGUCCUGCUCAGGCUCAAUUGUACCUGGAGAGGAUCCAUCUACUUCUGGCAGUGCUGCAUUGUUGUGCCGUGAAGGAGUUGAUGCUGUGGGAGCGUCCUGCUCACGCCCAAUUGUACCUGGAGAGGAUCCAUCUACUUCUGGCAGUGCUGCAUUGUUGUGCCGUGAAGGAGUUGAUGCCGUGGCAGCGUCCUGCUCACGCCCAAUUGUACCUGGAGAGGAUCCAUCUACUUCUGGCAGUGCUGCAUUGGUGUGCUGUGAUGGAGUUGAUGCCGUGGGAGCGUCAUGCUCACGGCCAAUUGUACCCGGAGAGGAUCCAUCUACUUCUGGCAGUGCUGCAUUGGUGUGCUGUGAUGGAGUUGAUGAUGUGGGAAGUGCACCACAUGACGGGAUGAUGUAUGCUCUUGCCUAUCUUGGGCUUCGUGACAUCCUAGCUACAGAGAUGGUGUGCAAGUCUUUGCAUUCGUGGAUCCGCAGCGAGUUAUCGUGGAAAUGUAUCCACAUUGAACCGGUAUUGAGCGGGAAGAUCUCUGAUCCUGAUCUUCUAUUUCUGACACAGAAGAUUCCAGGUGCUUUGCAGUGUCUAAAUAUAAAUGACUGCAUAAAUAUCACCGACAAUGGUUUGAAUGCUGUUCUCCAAAGCAAUCCGACGUUAACAAAGUUGAGUAUUGCGCGCUGCCCGCGGUUAACUUUGGAUGGCCUUAUUGCCAAUCUAAAGUCAUUUAAUAUGAAAGCAGUGUCGGGUAUUAAGAGCCUCAGAAUUGACAAAAACUUCAAUUUACCAAAAGAGGAUUAUGAGGAGUUAUUAUCCUUGUUGAGCAUCGACAAGAGACAGGAGUUGCACAACUGGGCUCCGCGAUUCCGUCAUUCUAAUCAUUUUUUAUUAGAUUGCAAUGACGGAUAUGCUCUUGAUAUUGAGAUGUGCCCCAUCUGUCAAAGUUACAAACUUGUUUUUGACUGCCCUGAAGUGGAGUGCAGUGACAAGAGAUCUGGCAAGUGCCGAGCAUGUGAGGUUUGCAUCAAGAGAUGCCGGCAGUGUGGAAGGUGCUUAGAACGAAAUGAGAAGUUUGAAGAGAAAUUUGAUCUGGUCUACCUUUGCUACAAGUGUCGAGGCGAUCCGGCUUCACCAUCUCUUGGUGUGGAAAAGGAUCUGGUCUCUAUUUUAUCCAGUGGAAGAAUAGCUUCUCCUUGACCAUGGAGGAGCAACAGUACAUGUCCAGCCAUUCAGCCAUCUUUCUUAGCAUUACUGAUGAAGGGAAAAAAAGGAAAAAAAAUAUAGUUUGCUAUUCAUGAUGGUGUGUGGUCGUUUGACAGAUGGUACAUUUGCUUGCAAGAAAAACAAAAAAAGAUGUUACUAAUUCCAGCAGAAAUAAAGGGAUGGUUCCCACUAUUACAGCCUCACCAGCGACCAUGAGGGAUGUUUCUUCAUGGAGUUUGCAGUUCAAGAGUGUAUAGGUAGAGGGUGAGAUUGGUGUCGGUGUGUUUGCUUGAUGCUGCAUCUUCCUGUGAAGAAGACUGAAGAUGAACUUAUUCCUUGGCUUCCAAGUAUAUUAUAUCUGUAUAUGCGUCACAUUGUAAUAGUUUGCCCUGUAUACGUCGUGUCGUAUGACUUGGUAACUUGUUUCAUAGAAAUAAAUAAAUCAAUGACUUCUAACUA